AAACGACUCAAGAAACUCUUGCAGCCAUCGUUGGGCUUCGGCUUCGGCUUCGCGGUGACGGAUGGAUGCGGCCGAUCAUGAGAGGCUGCAGCUGGUUUACGACAACCUCUUGGGCUUGGCCUCGGCUGGUGUGGUCACAGUGAUGCCCUCCUCUGAGGAGCUCUCAGAAGGCCUGGCCCACCUGGGUCUACGACUGAAGGAUGAUCAGGAGUUGUCUGCGUGUCUUUGGGUCCUCGAGGCCGCCUUAGGCGAAGAUGGACGAAACUGCCCAAGUUUCCAGGAGUUCCUCGCAAUGGCAGUCUGGGCCACCUAAACGGAGCAAGCACGAACCCGCCGGGCCACGGGUCCGAUGGGUUUGGUCAUGCCAUUGUCCGACCGCGACCGCGACCUUGUGUGUUACCUUGAGGGGGAGCAUAGGUCGCAGCCUUGGAGAACUUGUGAAUACUUUGUGGUCGCUGGUUGAUGUUGUUCAGCUAUUCAUGGAUUCUUUUUAUCGCAGCAUAGGGGGUAGUUUUGGUGUCUUGAUCCGAAUGCACUUCAGCAGAACCAUGAACCACGCCCAGAGGGAAUCAACCUUAAGGACAUGAAAUGUUGGGUAGUCUUUACAUACUAGAAUCGAACAUACAAACAUGAUUUGUUGAUGGAUGUAGACCAGUGCUUGCAUUCGACGAUCAUGGGACAUCAUGGGAAAUACCUGGAAAACUGCGACGUCAGAUGGGCAUAGCUUUUCAACUGCGUACAGUAUUACAUGGCUGUGGGUCAUGGCACCAGGAUACCUUGUUUGACCUACCUGGAGGGUCGUUCGCUACAUGGUGGACUGGUCGGGCUCCAGGUUUUAAUCCAUCUCGGAGCUACAACAAGCAUGAUAUGAUGACAUGAUGCUAGCUGGGUCUCGGUGUACAAACCACCGCGCAGCUCGCUCGGCUUACCACUACAGUAUCCCUUAGCAAAACAAACGGUUAGAGAGUUAGAGCCCUGAAUAGCGGCGCCAGGGGCUUUGACGGUCUUCCAGCGAUCCGGCGAUCGAUGUGGUUGUCAGCGGUAUUGUAACGCUUUUGUUCAGGCUUGCCCUAGUGACCGUUUUGCCUGCAGCGUGACAACUGGUAGACACAGGUUUUUGGACGUGGUUGUAUACAUCAGUGCUUUUGCACACCUCUUCACCCAAGUCUGUAUCCAACACGCUGUUUCAUUUGAAGAUGGAAGGUGUCAUGUGCUGCAAUGAUUUGCUCCGAUGCCGCCUUCCGCCAAGGACAUCAGUGUGAGUGAUGUGACUCCACCAUCAUCGGCGCCCUCCUUUGGCUCGGCCUCCUCCUACGGCCGUUCCGCAGCCCCCGAAAUUCCGCAGCUGAGACUGCAACUGCAAGGACUGCUUUCGCCUGGCGCUCCUUCCCCGACUGCUAAGAGCUUCUUCUCCUCGGAAGAGGAGUCCGCAGCAGCUUCAGAGAAGUCCCCGGUAGUACAGAUGUCGCCGCUGGGUGGCUCGGAGCAAAGCCAACUCCGCGUUUCAAGGGGCUUUCUCGAUUCUGAGUCCGACGUGUCCCUUCUGAUGCCCAGCAUUGAGCAGAGCCUCCUGUCGGAGCUCCUCUCUAAAGCAGUGCAACUCCUGCGGACGCUGCGGCCUGAGGCUGUGUCGAAGAAAGGGAGCAAGCUCUUGGACUUCCUUCAGGAGCUACUUGAACGCACUUGGGAGAAGGCUGAGGACUUGGAACACCUCUUGUCCGCCGCCCUGCAAAGCGCGCGGCAAUGCAGGGAGGCUGUGAAGAAGAGCUGGAAACAGAGUGAAAGCGUUCUGGGUCGCUUUGGCAAGGCUGAGGCCGAGCGCCGCAAGUGGCAGGAGAAGUGGACGCAGCAAUGUGCGGAGCUCGAGGAGCUGAAAAAGCAAAGUGCACAGGGGGCCCAGAACCUUCAGGAUGCGCGGGCGGCCACCCUCGAAAGGACUUGGAGACUGGGCGAUGCCUUCGGAGGCGCUGCAGCAAUCGCAUUUGCCUGGUUCCGGGUGGCCGCCUUUUCCGCGCCCGAGCGCAAGAAGCGCCUGCAGCACUUGCAGAAGGUGGCUGCUCAAAGCUCCCUGGAACGCCUCCGUCGCCGCAUGGCCAACGCGCGGGAGGACGUUCCGCCUGGCUGACGCUCGCAGGUUCAGCUCCUUUGAAAAGGGAAUUGCAUGCGACUUGUGCAGUUCUGGUUGCUUCCAAGGAGGACAAAGUUCAAGACCAAAAACAAGACAAUCAGCAACGAGAAAUGGUGGGAAACCUG